AUGCUGGCCGCGAGGAAGACGAAAAAGUCGCCGGGGUUGAUCACCUCUAGGCUCCAACUCAUUCUGAAAAGUGGAAAGUACCUGCUGGGGUACAAGCAGACUCCGAAAAUGAUCAGACGAGGCAGAGCCAAACUGGUCGUCCUCACCAACAACUGCCCGGCCUUGAGGAAAUCUGAUACAGAGUAUUACACCAUGUUGGCCAAAACUGGUGUCCAUCACUACAGUGGCAAUAACAUUGAAUUGGAUACAGCAUGUGGAAAAUACUACAGAGUAUGCACACUGGCUAUCGUUGAUCCAGGUGAUUCUGAUAUCAUUAGAAGCAUGCCAGAACAGACUGGUGAAGAGUAAAUCACGCACAAUCUUUCUUUAAUAAAACU